UUGUGGAACCACUCAGUUUGCUGUUCGAGGACCAGUGAAAAGCAUCACAAGAAACAUGUCAUAUUUGGGCAAGGAAUACUAUUUGGAGAGCCAGGAGAACUUCGAGGCUUUCCUCGAUACUUUCGGACCUGAUGCCCCGGAAGCCUUCAAGAAGGCGAUGCUAAACCAGAAGGCAUUCUUGAAGCUGGUGAAGAACGGUGACUCAUACACUCUGUUCACCAACUCAGUAGACAACACCACCAAAGAACUCACCUUCAAGAGCGGCGUCGAGUUCGAUGAGCAACUGAGGGGAAACGCUUGCAAGACCACCAUCACCGUAGAUGGUAACGUGGUCACGCAGGUCCAGAAGUUCGACAACGGUGUGGUCAUAACCAUCAAGAGGGAGUUCACCGACAACCAGCUGGUUGCGACCAUCACCAUGAGCCAAUGGGACGGCGUUGCGAAGAGAAUCUACAAGGCUUAAUUUUUAGGUUUAAUAUUUAAUUUAUUUUUAAUAAAAU